AUGGGUGGUCAGAAGAAGGGCGCGGCUAGGGUUUCAGAGGAUUUGGAGGAACAGAGUCGUCAACGUUUGCAAGCUAUUCUUCUCGCCGACAGCUUCACCACGAACUUCCGACCAGUAACCCUAGAACGACCAAAGGUACUAUUGCCGCUAGUGAAUGUCCCGAUGAUUGAUUACACCUUGUCAUGGCUCGAAUCUGCUGGUAUAGAAGAUGUUUUCGUCUUCUGUUGUGCUCACUCGUCUCAGGUAAUCGAUUAUCUGAAGAAUUCCGAGUGGUACUCGCACCCAAACUUGUUGGUGAGAACGAUAAAGUCGCACAAUUCAACUAGUGCUGGAGAUGCUCUGCGUUACUUUUAUGAACAGCAGACAGAGACUUGUCAAAUUCUUGGUGACUUUGUUCUUGUUGGUGGUGAUACUGUGAGUAACAUGCCACUCGGUGACUUGAUUCAAGAACAUAGAGAGAGGAAGAAGAAAGAUGAGAAAGCUAUCAUGACCAUGGUUAUCAAGAAGUCCAAACCUUCGCCACUCACGCAUCAGUCAAGGCUUGGAACAAAUCAACUCUUCAUUGCUGUACAUCCCUUAACCAAACAGCUUCUCUAUUACGAGGAGGCUAAGAUCGCAGAUCAUGCGAAAGGGAACGAUUGCUACAUUGAUAUAUGUUCUCCUGAGGUGCUUAGUCUUUUUGAGGAUAACUUUGACUAUCAGCAUCUACGUCGUCAUUUCGUAAAGGGUUUGCUUGGUGAUGAUAUUAUGGGUUACAAGAUUUUCACUCAUGAGAUACACUCGAGCUAUGCUGCUAGGAUCGACAAUUUCCGAAGCUAUGACACUGGUAGCAAGGAUAUAAUCCAGAGGUGGACAUACCCGUAUGUGCCUGAUAUCAAUUUCAGCGGAAAUCGCCCUCUAAAGCUCGGGAGACAAGGGAUAUACCGGGCUUCCGAUGUGAUUCAGUCACAGUCUGCUCAUGUUGGAUCUUCUACUGUCAUUGGAUACGGUACAAAGAUUGGGAGUGGGGAUAAGAUCUUGAACUCGGUUAUUGGUAAUGGAUGUUGUAUUGGAUCGAAUGUGGUGAUAGAAGGCUCAUACAUAUGGAACUCUGUUACGAUUGAGGAUGGGUGUGAGAUAAGAGCUGGGGCUGUUGUGCAGCCCGGUGUUGUUCUGUCUUUCAAGGUUGUAGUGGGGCGAGGCGUUGUUGUACCUGCGUAUUCAAAGGUUUCCUUACUUGAACAGCCAACUGAGGAAGACAGCGAUGAAGAACUGGAAUAUGCUAACAGUAGCAGCGGGACUGCUGAUGUUUUGUCAGGCGUACACUCGCUGCAAUUGGAGUCUAAAGCAUCUGAUCUUGGUCCUGAUCGAGCAGGUUACAUGUGGAAAGUAUGUGAAGGCGCUCAUUAUUAUGAGGAGUGGCUGCAUUCUGUUGUACCAAUCCCCAUGGAUAAACUUGCUGAGAUCACUCAGGCCAUGUACGAUGAUGACUCAGAGGACGAAAGCGUUGUCCCCACUUCUGGUGAGUUGAAAUCUGAUGCUGAUAGUAUUAACACUGAUGUGAAUGAUCCCACUGAUGACUAUGGUUACUUUGAGAGAGAAGUUGAAAGUACCUUCUUAAGGGCCGUUGAGGAUGGUAACUCUGAAAAUUUAAUGGUGGAGAUAACCGAUCUUUGGAAGUCACACAACAGGGAACUUACAGAGUGUGCUGCAGCAGUGUUCUACUCUAUGAUGAAACUGGCGAUUGGUAAUCCACAGAAGUCUACUCGUGAAUUAUGUAGAAACCUGGCGAGUAUCAUUACAAAAUGGAAGGGACUUGUUGAUAAGUACGUAAACACAAUUGAUGAACAGAUAGAAGUGAUACAGAAAUGGGAAGAGAUGUGCCAGGAAUCGCCUGAGGAGUUGGGCCCUUUGUUUGCUCGGAUUCUGCAUCUUCUGUAUGAUAAAGACGUGUUGCCAGAAGACGCCAUCUUGAGAUGGGCGGAAGAGCAAGCAGGCGUGGAUGACGAUGAAAAAGUUUAUCUGAAUCAAUGCGAGACCUUCAUACAAUGGCUCAAGGAAGCAUCUGAGGAGGGAGAUGAAGAAGAUGACUGA